AUGCUUGACUUCGAAAAUAUAAGGUGGAAAAUAUGUGUGCUACUCGUAGUAUUUUCACGCAGUGUGACUUCACAAGCCUCACCUCACAUUUUAUUUAUUAUGGUGGAUGAUAUGGGUUGGAAUGAUGUUUCGUAUCAUGGAUCUAAUCAAAUAUUGACGCCUAACUUGGACGUAUUGGCCAGUAGGAGUGUGAUACUUCAACAAUACUACAGCGAGGCGAUAUGCACUCCGGCACGUACGGCGCUACUCACCGGCAAAUACCCUAUGCGACUAGGUAUGCACGGAAUGCCGCUAUAUAAUUCAGAAGAUCGAGGCAUUCCUAUAUCAGAGCGACUGCUGCCUUCGUACUUGAAGGAAAGAGGUUACAAAACACAUUUGGUCGGUAAGUGGCAUGUGGGUAUGUCACGAAAUCAGUUCCUACCAACCAGAAGGGGAUAUGACAGCCAUUAUGGAAUGCUCGGCGGAUUUGUGGAUUAUUAUACGUACAAUAAAGUUGAACUGUUGCCUAAUGGAAAAGAGUUCUAUGGAGCUGACCUCAUGUUUAACGAUAUCCCACAAGAUGACGAGGAUAGAUACAUUGUAGACGCACUAACUGAAAGAGCUAUGGACAUCAUACAAAAUCACAAUGACUCAAGUCCAAUGUUCCUUCACUUGGCGCAUAACGUACCACAUGCAGGCAAUGAUGGAGGGCUGCUUCAGCCUCCAAAUGUACCACUUUCAAAGAGGAAUCAACAUAUUGCUCAUUCUAAUAGAAGACUCUACGCAGAAAUGGUUACUCAUUUGGACCUUAGUGUUGGACGUGUUGUGAAGGCUUUAGCAGAUAAAGGAAUGUUGCAAAGCACUAUUAUUAUAUUCGCUUCUGAUAACGGAGCGCCGACUGUAGGUAUGUUUAAUAAUUGGGGAGUGAAUUUACCUUUUCGAGGGAAGAAACAAACUCCUUGGGAAGGAGGCGUUAGAGUCCCAGCGUUUAUAUGGCAUCCCUCAUUAAGACCGAAAGUUUGGGAUGGACUUAUGCACGUUACUGACUGGCUUCCCACUCUCGUGGGGGCUGUUGGUGGUGAAGUGAAUGUCCAGAUUGACGGUGUUAAUCAGUGGGAUUCUAUAUCACAAGAUGCAAAACCUAAGAGAAAAGAAGUAUUGAUUGCUAUUGAAGACAGUGAUGCCAAUGUUUACGCUGCAUUCAGAGCUGGUGAUUAUAAGAUCGUUGUUGGAAAUGUGACCGGUUUGAGCAAUGGAUACUAUGGGGCUGACCUCAUGACCUAUAGAUCGUCCCCACCUGAUUAUUUUGCUACUCUUAAAUCGUCACAGGUAGCUAAGGUUUUUGAAUCAUUGAAUAUGAAAUUGGACUACGAUGAAGUGUUGGCGAUGCGAGAAGCAAGUAUCAUCAAACAAAUAGACCCAGUACGAGAUUUGACUCCAUGUGAGCCUAGGCCUGAUCGUGGAUGUUUAUACAAUGUUAAACGAGAUCCAUCGGAGAGUCACGACUUAUGGAGUAGAGGAACUAAGAUAACAGCGUUAUUGUGGAGUAGAUUGAGGACCUUGUGGUCAAUGCAAUUAAGAAGAGGUCCAAUAAUGAUAGACCCUCGAGCCGAUCCAGUAAAUUUCGGUUACAGAUGGUUACCGUGGCUUAAUGACAGUUCGCCAGUCAUGACCCUAAAUGAUACUAAUGUAUCCAAAAAUGAAAUAAGUUCAAAUUUUAGUGAAAAUUAUUAUAUUGUACCCAAUAAUGAUGGUUCUUCAAAUGGAAAGACCGUAGCAACACCAGUUAACUGUCAAGAUGUCAAAGGGUUUAGAAAUUUCCUCUGCAUAUUAAGGAGUGUUUUUUAG